AUGGAUUCUGCAACAGAUCGCAUGAGACAGGCCAUAAUCCGCCAAAUCCGCCAUCAAAUGGCGCAGCAACCCCAGCACAACAAUUCUCGCCGAAUGCCCUCGAUCUGGGACGAGGUUCCUCUGACUGAGGCCGAUGCCCCUCUGCUAUUCCAUCCUCAACCUUCCCAUGUCACCGAAUUCGAACACGCCUGUCGGGGCAACUCUCUCGCGGCCGUACAGUCCAUUGUCACGGCACACAGCCGCACCCCAGCCUUCCUCCACCGUGGUCUCCCCCUCGCCAUCAGAGCCGGCCGCGUCGACAUAGCCAGCUACCUGCUCGCUGCCGGGGCUCCCAUGACCCGCGGCACACCAUCCGACGUGCUCCUCGCACCGACGGCGCAGCAGAUCCCGCUCUUCGAAGUCCUGAGCCAACACGGCUGGACACCCAAUACCCCCGGGUACUACGGACACGUCCUGCUCCCGGAGGUCGUCACCAACCUCCCAUUGCUUCGGUGGUUUCUCUCUCAUGGGGCGGAUCCCAACCGUGGCCCGCAACGCCCGUACGACAGUCCGUACGAGCGCUUCGGCGAGUCGGUGAAGAACUCCGGCUGUGCGCUUGAAUUGGCUGCUGCACGUGGGAGCCCGGAGGCAGUGCGGUUGCUCCUGGAUGCAGGGGCUGUUAUGGACAACGGGUAUCCACUGCAUGCGGCUGCACGCGCCGUUCUGCGGGGCUCCGCGUCUCAACCUAUGAGCAGGGAGUCUGAUAUCGGCCGCAUUCCCGUGAUGGAGUUCUUGGUGGAGCGCGGCGCAGACGUCAACCAGAGAAUGGAGACGCGGUAUGUAGAGCCGCGGUACGCCCUUCUCCUGGCUGCGAUGGCCGGCGCCGUGGAGCGCGCGCGAUGGUUGAUCGAACACGGGGCAGACCCUGGAGUAGAGAAGGGCUGGCAUGUUGAUGAUGACAUGCGACUCCGGCGGACAGCAAUGGACUCCGUCAAGAACAAGGUCUAUACCGUCACCGGCCUCGCGGGCAUCGGCCUGGCCGUCGCCCAACACCUGCAUCGCCAGGGCGCCAAACUCUCCCUAGCCGACAUCAACGCCGACGUGCUGCAGGCCGCCUUCGUCACGCUCAACUCCGACGCCGACAACAUCCUCACGACGGUCGUGGACAUCAGCUCCGCCGCUUCAGUCAACGCCUGGAUCGACGCCACGGUCCAGAAAUUCGGGCAUCUCGACGGCGCCGCCAACAUGGCCGGCACGAUUGGCCGGCACCACGGUAUCGGCCGGCUCGCCGACAUCGACGACGACGAGUGGGAUAUGUUGCUGCGUGUCAACCUCACCGGAACCAUGUACUGUCUGCGAGCGCAGGUGCGCGCCAUCGAGAAGACGGCCCGCGUCGGGAGUAUUGUCAAUGCGAGCAGUAUCCAGGGUCUGCGGGGGUUUGCGCUGCAUGCAGCGUAUUCGGCGACAAAGCAUGGGGUCGUGGGGUUGACGAAGAGUUUGGCGAAGGAGGUUGGGCCGGAGAUUCGGGUGAAUGCUGUUGCUCCUGGCUCCAUUCAAACCCCCCUCCUCGACAAGGCAAAGGGCAUUCAGGGCGAGCUGGGAGCCAACCCCAUCGUCUUUUCGCGUCACGGCACCGCCGACGAGGUCGCCCACUCGGUGGUCUUCCUGCUUAGCGAUGCGGCGUCCUACACGACGGGGACAGUGCUGAAUGUGGACGGCGGAUGGGACCCGUAG